GCAGAUCGCAGCGCCCCUCAGGCGUGAACGGAUGGUGCAUGCGCCUUGCCUUCAAUCGUGGUUAAUUUUCCAAGCUCUUUGCACACGCGUCCAUCAUGGCAUCAACUGAGGAGCUGAGUGUUUCGUCUCUUGUGUACGACUAUUUAUUAAAAAAAGACGCAUCGUUGGCAAAGGUCUUUCAGAAGAAAACAAAGGCGCCCGCGCUACCGAAAGGAGCGCCAUCGAUACAAGAGGUAUUCCAGUAUUUUCAAAAGACUUCACCUAAGAAAUUACAUAUAAAAGCACAAGCUAAAGACAGUAGUUCGGAAUCGAGUUCGGAAAGUGAAGGUGAAGCACCGAAGAAAGUCACACAAGUAAACGGCAAAGCUCCCGCUAAUGCCGCAUUAAACAGUAAAAAACAAGAAUCAUCUUCCGGUGAUUCCUCCAGCGAAGAUGAACAGCCAGCACCAAAGGCAGCUGUGAAAACUAAACCACCAGCUAAAGCACCGGUAAAGAAAAAAGAAAAAUCAGACAGUUCUUCGGAGGAAGAACAGAAAUUAAAAGCGCAACCUAAAGCAGUUUCCACACCCAAAGCAAGUAAAGUAGCUGCAGCGAAAGAAUCUUCAGACGACGAUUCUGAUUCGGAUAGCAAUGAAGUAUCAAAGACAAAUAUUCCUGCUAAAGUAAUUGCAAAGCCUCAAACGAAAGCUAGUAAAAAAGAGUCUUCUAGCGAAGAAAGUAGCGAAGAAGAAAGUCCUGUUAAGCCACUUCUGAAAAAGCCUCUACCCACUGCUGCAGUAAAGCCUGUAUCAAAGAAAGGUGAAGAAUCUAGCGAUGAUUCCGAUGAUUCUUCCGAGGAAGAGACUGCAAAACCCGCGGCACCUGCAAAACCUGAUAAAUCUGCUAAAGCUGCAAAGAAAGAAAAAUCUUCUAGCGAUUCUGAUGAUUCCUCAGAAGAACCGGCUGUACCUGUGAAGCCAGCUGCAAAAGCUGCCGCAGGAAAGAAAAAGCCCGCUCCGCAAACGAAAGAAGUAACAAAACCUGGAAAGCAAACCAAAGCUGCGCCAGCAAAACAACCAGUUGCAAAGAAAGAGUCUUCCAGCGAAGAUAGUAGCGAGGAAGAAGAACCAGCUAAAAAGAAGUCUGUAUCUUUCCCAACGCCACCAGUGGCGAAAAAGUCCGCUAAGGCAGAAAAGUCUUCUUCCAGCGAUGAUAGCAGCGAAGAAGAAGAGAAAGCUCCACCCAAAAAGGUAGCUCCACCGACACCGGCAGCAACGAAAAAAGCUCCCGUUGCGCAGGACGACUCUUCCAGCGAUGAUAGCAGCGAGGAAGAGGAGCCUGCAGCCAAAAAGCCUGCCAAGAUGGUAACACCGACCAAACCUGCCGCGACAAAGGCUGCCAAGUCUGUUGCAGCUAAGAAAGCAGAAUCCUCCAGCGAAGAUUCCGAUGACUCCGACGAAGAUGAGACACCAGCAGCCAAGCCAGUAACAAAAGCAGCGGCAAAGAAAAAGGAAUCGUCCAGUUCAGAAGACUCUGAUGACUCCGAGGACGAGAAGCCUGUUAAGACAACUCCAGCAGCAAAAACAGCGGCGAAAGCGAACGCUAAAGCAAAGUCAUCCAGCGAAGAUUCCGAGUCAGACUCGUCGGAAGAUGAAAAACCGACAGCAGCGCCUAUCGUAAAAGCUCCAAAACCAGCAGCCGCCAAGAAAGACUCGGAAUCGGAUGAAAGCGAUUCCGACGAGGAGCAGACACCGGUGCCGCAACAGAAAACACCAGGAAAAACAGAAAAGAGAAAGCACAAAGAGGUGGAGGAAGACGAGGACGAGGAAGCCGAGGAGAAGCCUCCCGCGAAAGCCCAGAAGAACAACUACAGCAACUUCGUGAAAGCGAACAACAGCUUCAACAGCGACAAGGGGGGAAAAAAUACUCCGUUUCGUCGUGUAAAGGACGAUCAGGUCGAAUUGGACCCGAAAUUGGCAAACAAUUCUUUUGAGGCAAAGAGAGGUGCACGUGGCUCUUGGGGAGAGAAAGCGAAUCAAGACCUGAAGUUCACAAGGGGGAAGUCAUUUCGUCACGAAAAGACGAAGAAAAAACGCGGUAGCUAUCGCGGCGGUCAAAUAGAUACUAGCGUCAAUUCCAUUAAGUUUGAGGAUUGAGUAAGCGAUUGUAAAAUGCGUCUGUAAAUGUGUUGACUAUAUGUAGCCGGUAUGUUUAGAUAAGCGGAGUAUAAUAAGUAUCGGAAAGUCUCUCAUGAUUUCGUUGGCAAGACAAACCUGUGUUAGGGUCAUUUUAUGCUGCGACAUUGAUGAAAUUCUCACUCGGCUGUCAUAGAGCUACGCCCCGCGACGUCGAGGUACGUCGGUUUUCGUUCUUUUUUUGGUAAUACGUUUGGUCGUUCACACAUUUAGUAUCUACAAGACUGCGAUUUCCACUUGUCCGUCGAAAGUCUCGUGAAAUCAUCAUUUAUUUUAAUACGAGAAGGUAUAUAACUAGUAUAAGCUAUUUCAAAUAUCGAGUAGCUUCUGUAUUAUAGGAUAUUGAAUGUUGUUUAUCGCAAUAUGUAACAUACGACAUGAAUUGUACUGUUCCUAGAAAAGAUAGGAAACUCUACGCAGCACGUCAGUAAUCGUCUAAGCCCGACGAUCGAUGUAGAUCAUUCGGCUAAUUAUCAUUCUUACGCUUUUAUUCCAUCGAGAGGGAUUCUUUUCCACGAAUAUAUUAUCACUCAAUAGUUUUCGUUCAGUUCUCUCUUUACGAUUAGCCCUAGAUUACCGAUAAUACACAAACGACCUAUAAGUGAUAACGGCGCGAAUGCCAUUGCAUUUGUGUGACUAAUAUUUAUAUAGAGAUCAUAAGUGACGUGACAUUACACGAUUUUUAUAUGCGCCGCCAUUCGACACGCAAUCAAUUCUCUCGAGUUGAUCGCCUUUAAUUAUGUGCAAAAAAGAAAAACGAAAGAAAGAAAGAAAGAAAGAAAGAAAGCAAAUGCAAAGACCGCGUGUCGCAAUCGAUUAUUAUAUCUCGUUGUUAAUGCAUGAAAACACGCAUACUUUGUACGAUAUUCUGAACACCGAGAAACGAAUAUAAGCAGAGAGUGUAA